GCUGGGCUCCUUUUUCAAAGAGGCAGGCAAACCGCAGCAAUCUUUUCCCUUAAACGGCUGCCUAUCUGCUACAGGGAGCAGCGUGAGAUUUAUAAAAACACAACAACAACAACAGAAUGCGUUGCCGUGAAGAUUUUCUCGUCCGUUUCGUCACUGCCUAAGAUAAACUUUUAUCUUACAUUUUUGUGAAGAAUCAUGUUCGACUGGAACUCGACUGAAGUGAUGAACGGUUCGAUGGGAAACUCCAGCAUGGAGGACACAGAGGAAGAGGAGCAUCCUUUCCUGACGGACGCUUGGCUCGUGCCCCUCUUCUUUUCACUCAUCAUGCUGGUGGGGCUGAUCGGAAACUCGCUGGUCAUUUAUGUCAUCUCCAAGCAUAGACAAAUGAGGACCGCCACUAACUUUUACAUUGCUAAUCUUGCUGCGACUGACAUCAUUUUCCUGCUAUGCUGCGUGCCGUUCACUGCCACGCUCUACCCUCUGCCCGGUUGGAUAUUUGGGGACUUCAUGUGCAAAUUUGUUGCUUUUCUCCAACAGGUGACUGUACAGGCAACAUGCAUCACUCUGACUGCGAUGAGUGGAGACCGUUGCUAUGUGACUGUGUACCCUCUGAAAUCCCUGCACCAUCGGACCCCACGCGUCGCUAUGAUUGUAAGCGUCUGUAUCUGGAUUGGUUCCUUCAUUCUUUCCAUACCGAUCUUCCUAUACCAGAGGCUUGAGGAUGGUUAUUGGUAUGGACCAAGAAAAUACUGCAUGGAGAGAUUUCCAUCAAAGGCCCAUGAGAAGGCUUUUAUCUUGUAUCAGUUUAUAGCUGUGUAUCUACUCCCGGUGCUUACCAUCUCCUUCUGUUAUUCCUUCAUGUUGAAGAGAGUGGGACAGGCCUCUGUUGAACCUGUGGAUAACAACCAUCAGGUCCACCUGCUUUCAGAGCGAACCAUCUCCAUUCGGAGUAAGAUUUCCAAAAUGGUGGUGGUCAUUGUGGUCCUCUUCACCAUCUGCUGGGGUCCCAUUCAGAUCUUUGUCCUCUUCCAGUCUUUCUAUCCAAACUUCAAGGCGAACUACGCAACAUAUAAGAUCAAGACGUGGGCCAACUGCAUGUCCUACGCCAACUCCUCUAUCAACCCUAUCGUCUACGGUUUCAUGGGGGCAAGCUUCCGCAAAUCUUUCCGGAAGACCUUCCCGUUCCUCUUUAGACACAAAGUGAGGGACAGCAGUGUCGCCUCUCGCACGGCCAAUGCCGAAAUUAAGUUUGUGGCAACCGAGGAAAGCAACACCGAACGGAAAUGAAUUCGAAAAAGUUUUCUACGCAACUUAGGCGAGAACUCGUCCGCCUUGUUGUUGCUGGCACAGGCUUCCCCUGCGCUGAUGAGAUUACAGGAGUAAUAUUCACUGUUCAAUGAGUUGUGAAAAAAAUUCCUAAUGUGAUGCGAGAGAGAACGUUUAGAGAGAAAGCUUGCUCUGAACUGUGAAGUACAAACGUACGCGUAAAUUAAAAUAUUGUACGGUUGGAGUGUAAUGGUAUCUUUUAAUAGGCUUUUUUAAAACCAUUUUAACCCACAGGUCCAACUCUUACCGAACUACAAAAGCUUGCAUUUCCAAGAAUCACAGAUUUUUUUUGGACGGUGAGUUGGGUGAUUCAGAUUCAAACCCGGGGACGUGUGUAGGUGCUUGCCUGAGAGGAUGUUGACUAAAUCAGUCAUGGCAACUGUUGACUCAUCCAUUGUGUAUGACAUAUACACGAAACCUCCCUGUGCAUACUUCCUUACGAAACGACCACUCCGGGCUUUCAAUGCUCGUAUUUAUAUUAUCUAAACAUUGUACAUGGAUCAUCCUAAAGAGGCGUACUCAGAAGAUAUACUGUAGUUCUCACAAAGCACACAAGACAGAUGAUAUGCUCUUCAAAGCACACAAUGACAUAUUACACCACACCUCUCCUGCCAGCAAGACUGCUGUUAUUCUCAUAGGAUAGUCAAUGAUGAGGAUUAGUAGACAUGUCUAAACGGUGCAGAGGGUGAGGGAGGGCAUUUCAUUGAUGUUAUUGUCACAUUUGUAGAUUUGUGGUGUCUAUAUCGAGCAUUAUAAUGUAUUCAGUGUGCUGAAUCUUAAAUGAACCGCAUCCUCCUAGGAUUUCUAAAUGUGUCCAUCAUUCAGAUGUAAUAAUUGGUGUGUCUUUUAUGCACAAACCGGCAAUACAAUACUUUUAAAGAUAAAUAUACUUACUCUGUAAAGCGAAAGGUAAUUCAAAGGGGACUGUUUGAAUUACCUUUGCUGGCUUGCAUUACCGCAAACCUUACUUAAUUCUUUUUGUCUUAAGCGAAAAUGGAUGUCGGCUCAUUUGCAUUUGUGAAAUAUUUUGACAAGCAGAGCUAAGUAGCUAAAAGCUUUCCUAGAAGUACUGCCAGUUAAACUUUGACAUUAAUAAAUUAUUUAGCAUCCCUCAAGCAUGUUUUGUAAAUGCUUUAAUGAAUACGUUUCGGGAUUUAUUAUUUGUUUCCCUCUUCCCCUCAUUUAUGUUUUAUGCUUUUAUGAGUCUGUUGUUUCAUCUCUUUGGUUGGUUGGUCAGUUAGUUGUUUGCUUAUAUUACCAGUAUUGUUGUAAUAUUAAUAAAUUAAAAAGAGACUACAAGGAUUUCAUUAUUGUUAUCUGUACAAUUUCCUGUCUGUUAUGACUCUUUAAUUAGAAACUGUAUUUAGCAAUGCGUUUGUCAACAAAUAUAUUAUCGGUCUCAUCAGAGGUUUCAAAUGGAUCAUCAUUAUUAUUUCCAAAGUGAAUGUGGAUUAAAAAGAAAUAAAUUUUCUAAACCUAUUAACAAUUCUUCGACUUGCUCCAAUGACAUCAAACAGAUAUUUGAUAUUCACUGCAUUAUGCAUCUUUAAUUAUCAUGCAGACUGUUUUGCUCAGAGAAACAGCGAGGCGAAAUCAAGCAGUUGGACUGAUGGACUAAUAGCAUGGAAAUAACCCCACGAUGCCACCUACACAGACACCCAAUUAUCUUGAGCGCUAAAAAAGGGGGCAAGAAGAACGCAAUCAGACUUGCUAUUUCAAAGCAUUAAAGCAACAUAUAUCCACAAGUAAGCCUAAGGUCAGUAAAUGGAAGUUCGGCGUUUCAUUCGUUUUGAAGUCAAUUACAUGAUUCAACAGGGAUAACUGUAACGAUUUAUUCAUGAAAUCUUUAAUCUUAACCUUUGAAAUGUUGUUUCAUAUCAUCACUCAACCAUCAAUUAGAUGUAUCUUAAUCAGAAUUUUAAUGCAUCUAAAUGUUACUUGGUUAAAAUGCACUAUAAUUAUAAGAAAAUAGGCUGAAG